UGACUUGGUAGCAUAGACGCACGUACCGUGAUUCAGUAACGUGUAACUAGUGGGAUUGCGAUCGGGAGGACGCCGGACUUGUGCCCAGCACGCUCCUCCAGGCUGCUCCUCUUCGACGAGGAUAAAACUAUCGAGCGGUGAGAGGGCACGACGAGGAUGAGAUUACGAUAAGAAGACGUAGCACGAGUUGUAUACCCUCCUCGGGGCACUAGAAUGGAAAAAGGAGGAAGACUAGGAGAGACGAAGAGGACGUGGAUACUGGGUCCUUCCGUAUGAGCGCACGUUCGUGAAACAGCAAGCCGAAAGGAGUUAGGAGAGAAAGAGAAGAGAACGUUAAGCCGUGCAUACCGUGGCACGACUACCCGAGGAGUAUCAGAAGAGGUAGGAAAUACGGGCUCGAACGGUAGGUGCAACGAGGACAAAGAAACGGUGACGAUGGCUUGGUGUGGGCGCGUGUCUGGCAGCUGCCGCUUACAGGUGGUGUGCUUGCUUGGGAACCAACCUCUACGGACCGUUCCCACGGAAGGCCUGUCCCCCACUAGGGACCCUGACAGCAGCCCCUCGCCCCACCCUGCCGAUGGGUCCUUGACUAUAUAAACUACAGCCUCGCCCGACCAGCCACCACAAUCACUGUGAUCGUUCACGAAGUUCGAACGGGAGACGCGUCGGAGAUACCAGUUUUUCGAUACCUUUCCCGUAGAAUCGACCGAAUAAUCAUUUGCUAAAAAAACUCGUUGUGUGACAUCAGAGAUAAUAAUUAGUUGGACAAGAAGUGUGAUAUCGCGAUAAGCGAAUCAGUGCGACGUUAGUUAAUCGGUGUGUGAAGCAACCCCUCGACGAAAGGAUUAAUCAAUCAUGCAGAUGCACGAACAGAUUAUGAUGGUUGAUGGACAGGAGCAACCGAUCUCCAGGACUUAUCAAUAUAGAAAGGUGAUGAAACCUAUGCUGGAACGCAAACGCCGAGCACGAAUCAACCGGUGCUUGGACGAGCUGAAGGACCUGAUGGUCACAGCGUUGGCCGGCGACGGCGAGAACGUGGCCAAGUUAGAAAAAGCCGACAUUUUGGAAUUGACUGUGCGUCAUCUUCAUAAGCUCCAAAGACAACAACGUCUUUCGGCGAAUCCGGUGAUCGACGCGGAUCGAUUCAGAGCCGGGUAUACGCAUUGUGCCAACGAGGUUAGCCGCUGCCUGGCCGCCACUCCGGGCGUCGACGUUGCCUUGGGGACCAAAUUGAUGACCCACUUGGGUCACAAGCUGAAUUCCAUGGACAAAACUGGCCCCCUAACGAUACACGUGGCCGCGCCGCAAUCUUCGCCGUCUUCGAGCAGCGAGCUCAGCUCCGACGAAUACUCGAUGCCCCUCACUCCGGCUUCCAGCCAACCGUCUCCAGUUAGAAUCGACAUCGAAGGCAUCUCGCAAAAUCAUCAAGGUCUUCUGCAGGUUGCCAAACCCAACGAGCCGAUCUGGAGACCGUGGUAAACAAGAGGACGAACGAUCUCAACGGGCAAAGCUCAUCGUAGACUCGGUUAACCGUGUUCUCGAUAGAAAGCAAUCGGACCCUCGCUCACGGAGAAACGAAAUUACCGUGGCUGAAUCUUAAGAGGAGUCCAUUAUGCGAAAAACCAUUAUCGGUAUUGCAAUUUUGUCUGUGAUUUGAGCGAAUAAUUCGCGCGCCUUCGAAGCAAGUCGUGACGGAAUGGAAACUUUGGCUCCUCUUCGUGGAAUCCUUGUCUUCUAAAAUUAACGACGGUGAAACAUAUCAUUUCCCGUAAUAUGUGCAAAUACAGAUUCCUGAAGGAACGAGGAUCGAGGAGACGAAGACGAAGAAAAGAAAUAGACUUAAGACUUUCUAUUUGCUCAAGACACUUUGGAGUGAGGCGAAAAGUAGGAGGAUUAUCGAAAUAUCUUCCUUUUUGUAAUAUCGUCUUACGGAUAGAUUUUGUAUGUUUACUAAUUGAAACGUAAUGACGUGCCCGCGUUAGCGGCUAGAGCUUUAAUUUACUUGACAGUUAGAAUUUUCUAUUGUUUAUUUCAUACUUUUAUCGAGAAUAUUUUUAUUUUGCCCAUUUUGGCGCGAGAACAAUCGGGCAACUCGACAUGUCGAUUAUAUAUAUGUUUCAUCGCGUCGAUUACGUCACAAUUUCGCGUAUACAUCGACUUGAGAAAGAUUCAUUCUCGCGCUAAAAACGUUGUUAUGUGUGUGUUAACUCAGCCUGUUGUAUUAAUUUUUGUGUUUAACGAUCAAUUGGAAAUUUUGAUUCUCGUCGAUAAUCAUUACUUAUCAACACAAGAAAAUAGCUGAGUAGAGAAUCUUGUGAUAGAGAAACGUGUACCUGUGAUAUUUACUCUAGAUGUAAAAAAAUUCUAGAUCUUUAAUAAAUAUAUAUUUCAUUGAAAA